AAUACAAAAACAUUCACUUCUUGUCGCAACCUCAUUUCUUGCUUUGCGCAAACCCAUUUCUCUGCCGAACCUUCGACAAAACCGCUUUUACCAUGGCCGGCGGUGAAGCAAACAGCUACUAUCAGAUGCCGGAUGGCGAUCGCCAGAAGGACUAUCCUAUGCAACCUCAGCAGGCCUACAACCAGAACGGUCAACAGCACUACCAGCAGCAGAACUUUCAACAGCAGAACUACCAGGAGCCGUACCAGAACGGCCAGGGUUACUCGCAGCCUCCUCCCAAUUAUGGUCAAAACUUCAACCCUCGUCCUGAGAUGAAUGGCUACGACAACAAGCCCACCUUCGAACAGGCUUUCAAGAUAGAUAAGCCUAAGUGGAACGAUUGGUGGGCCGGUCUUCUCUUCCUCGCUGUUGCUGCUGGAUAUGUUGUUGUGUCUGGUAUUGCUCUUCAAGGUUAUGCUGCAACCAAGGGAUUCAAUGGCGGCGGUAUCUACGACAGUAAAAACGAUUUUGGUCUUGAUACCAACACGAUCGUCCUCUUCGUCUUCUGCCUGGCAAUGGCCAUGGUUCUCAGCUAUGCCUACAUCUGGUUAGCUCGUGCUUUUACCAAGCAAUUUAUCUGGAUUACUGGCAUCAUCCACAUUAUCGCAGGUUUCGCAACAGCCAUCUACAUGUUGUCAAGAAAGUACUAUUCGGGUGGAAUCGUCUUCCUCAUCUUCUCGAUCUUCACAGUCGUCUGCUUCAUCUCAUGGAUCCCAAGAAUCCCCUUCAGCGUUGUCAUGCUGCAAACAAGCAUCGAUGUCUCCAAGAAGUUCGGACACGUCUACAUUGUGUCGCUCGUCGGUGGUGUGCUUGCGACUGCCCUCGGCGCAUGGUUCUCGGUCACGUUGGUUGCAGUGUAUGUGAAGUACGAACCAGGUGCAAAUCCCGCAUGCUCCACAGGCGCCGGUGGCUGUUCGAGUGCCAAAGUUAUUGGUCUGCUCGUCUUCAUCACGUUCGCGAUGUAUUGGAUCUCCGAGUUCCUGAAGAACACGAUUCAUGUCAUCAUCUCAGGAGUCUAUGGCUCGUGGUACUUCUGCUCUAACAACCCUCCCAAGAACAUUACCCGUGGGGCUGCCCGUCGUUCUUUGACCUACAGCUUCGGAAGUAUAAGUCUUGGGAGCUUGGUCGUCGCAAUCAUCAACAUGCUCAGACAAGCAUGCAGUAUUGCGCGACAGCAAGAAGCAAAUUCUGGAAACUUCGUUGCUAACAUUGCGCUCUGUGUCCUCCAAUGUCUCAUCGGUAUCUUGGACUGGGCUGUUCAGUUCAUCAACAGAUACGCUUUCAGUUAUAUCGCGCUCUAUGGAAAGGGCUACAUCCCCGCUGCCAAGGCCACUUGGACUCUGAUCAAAGACCGCGGAAUUGAUGCACUGGUCAACGAGUGCUUGAUUGGACCCGUACUGACUCAAGGUGCUACGGCCAUCGCUUACCUGUGCGCCCUUUUGGCCUAUCUGUACCUGAUCUUCACAUCGCCUGCAUACAACAGUAACGGCGAGUAUACACCCGUUGUGGUCGCAUUUGCGUUCUUGAUUGGCCUGCAAAUCGCCAACAUCUUCACGACCCCGAUCAGCAGUGGCAUCGAUACCAUCUUUGUAGCCGCUGCCUUCGAUCCGCAAGUGAUGAUAACUGAACAUCCUGAGCUCUAUGCAAAGAUGGUUGCGACAUACCCUCAUGUUCAGCAGGCCAUACAUGCCUAAUGAGCUGAUCGCAAUCAUUCGCUGAUUCGCACAGUCUUGGCCGCGGCUGUACCUGUACAAGAUACAGAAACCGUCGUCUCUUGUUGGGAAAAGUCAGCGCGGUCUCCUGUCGAUUCGCGUAUAGUUGCGUCACAUAGGGUUCGGGUUUUGGACCUCGGGUCGACGGAUAAUCAGGAACAGGCAAUCGGGGAUCGAAGGAGCGAAACGGAAAAACAGAGAUACCCAAACCACGGAACGUUUUGAUAGCACAGUCUAAUGAUUUGCUUGCAGAGCUCAAGUAGUAGCAGAAUAAUACGUAAUAGUCAUCAGCGUUCC